CACUCAAGUCUCAAGGCUCGUACUUCUGCCUGAGCUUCCUACUCUCAACACCUUCUUCUUCGUCUCCAUCGCCAUCUUGGUGAUCUUCAUCUUCUUGGCAUGGACUCCAACAAGUUACUGAAGAAGAAGAAGUGGUUUGUACCACUGGUUUUCUCUCUAGUAUUAUCCACCCUGCUCAUCUUCGUCUCCGUUUUCGUUUCGUCCAGUUCUUCCUUCCAAUUCUACCGUAUCCGCGUCACAAAGGAUGUCCCUCACUUCGUUGAAUCUAAGCUGAGGGUGUCUCCGACAUUGGACAACUCUCUCCCAAGAAUCGCCUACUUGAUCUCGGGAUCAACGGGAGAUGGCGAGAGCUUGAAGAGGACGCUGAAGGCGCUUUAUCAUCCGAGGAAUCAGUACGCUGUACAUUUGGACCUUGAGGCUUCGAUAGAGGAGAGACUGAAGCUGGCCAAUUAUGUGAAAAACGAGCCUCUCUUUGCGCAAUUGGGCAAUGUGAGAGUGAUAGUAAAGGCCAACUUGGUCACUUAUAGAGGACCUACCAUGGUGACCAACACGCUUCACGCUGCUGCCAUUUUGCUCAAGGAAGGUGGCGAUUGGGAUUGGUUCAUUAAUUUGAGUGCUUCGGAUUAUCCUCUAGUCACUCAGGACGAUCUGCUAUAUGCACUUUCAACUAUUCCAAGACACUUCAAUUUCAUUGAGCACACCAGUGACAUUGGCUGGAAGGAGAAUCAUAGGGCCAAGCCUAUAAUAAUCGACCCAGGUCUUUAUAGCGUGCAUAAAUCUGAGGUAUUUUGGGUGACAGAAAAAAGGAAUGUGCCCACAGCAUAUAAGCUGUUUACAGGUUCGGCCUGGAUGAUGCUCUCUCGGCCAUUUAUUGAAUAUUGUAUAUGGGGUUGGGAUAACUUGCCCAGGAAGGUAUUAAUGUACUAUGCCAACUUUCUAUCAUCACCUGAAGGAUACUUUCAUACGGUCAUCUGCAAUGCUGAGGAGUUUCGCAACACUACUGUGAACCAUGACCUCCAUUUCAUAUCAUGGGACAACCCUCCAAAACAACACCCACAUUUCCUUAAAGAUAAAGACUACGGGAGAAUGGUAGACAGCAAUGCUCCUUUUGCAAGGAAGUUUGGCAAGAAUGAACCAGUCCUGGAUAAGAUUGAUACUGAGCUCUUGGGCCAAAACACUGAGGGAUAUGUGCCUGGUAGGUGGUUCAGUCGAGUUAAAUCAAACAUGACCUUCUUCGAUCACGGCAUAAAAAACAUCACUAAACUUAGGCCUGGUCCUGGGGCUAAAAGGCUUGGACGCCUUAUCAAUAGCUUGUUAUCGGCCAAAGAUUUUAAAGAAAAUCAGUGUUUUUGACACCUUGGUCCAGUGAACCAACUUUGGUCCCUGCCUUUUCAUUUCCCAGUUGCCAACAGGAAAAUGAUUUAUUCCUUCUGUGAUCUCAACGGACAACGGUUGAUGUGGGAUCAAACAUGGAGGAAAACCAUUACACAACAUUGAAAUGAGCACUUUUUCACUUUACCUUUGACCCUAUAUAUUAGACCACAGAUUUGUGAUACAACAGCAGAGUACUCAAUAUUUGUCGAUUGGUUCCACAGGAUUUUUACUAAAUUUUUCUGGGCGACAAGUCAUUGAUAUACUUGUUGCAUUUUGUAGAAUGCUAUGGUAGCAAAUAUCAGAACUCACUUGAUACUACACAGACUGGAUGUCCAAUAUUGGCACUGCUAGAAGCCUAUCUGGCAAGACUUGCGUAGCUAGCUGCUGUAUAUUUUGCCUAUUUGUCUUUCUCAUGCUUUAAAAAAAAAAAAAAUUGUCCUUUUUCCCCCUCAUGAGAGUAGUAGCGCUCAUGAAUUAUAUUUUA